CUUGCCUGGUUAACAUUGACAUAGACCUGGUCAUCGUUGUCCAAUGCUGCGCUAUUAUCUGACCCUUCCACCAAUUACGGGCAAUUGCGGCGCGAAGAACCGAAAUGGCUUUCUAAAUUUCAUGGCAAAAGCGCCAACAUUGAAACGGGACACAAUAAAAUGAUGAUGGAGGCUCAGUUUUGUGGAAACGUCGAGUGGCGUCGAUGACAAUGCGUGCUGCGGCGGAUGGCUCUUUACUGCUGGUGUAAUGUGCGAUUGUUGAUAAGUGGUCUUUUUCCCGGUUUGUUUUUUUCAAAAAGAUGAACGUGUUCACUCAGUUGGUCGGGGUCGUGGUGAACGCGUUGAUGACGCCCUUUGACCCUUCGGCGGCGCCGAUGCCCUAUAUUGUUAACGAGGCUACCUGUCACACAAAUCAUUUCAGACUGGGUGAAAACGAGAUGAAAGUGACUCUCGCCCCAAGGGGCCUUUGUCCGAACUGUUGUCCGGUGAAAUCCGGAACGGACGUUCGUUUCGUGCUCUACACCAAGGCCAGGCGCGAUAAGGGUGCAAUUAUCGAACCGCACGCGCCGGGGGCCGCACGGCGGGCGGGAGUGGACCCAACAUUGCCCACCGUCAUCUUCAUACACGGAUUCUCGGAGGUCUCUCCGGGCCAGAGUGGACGCUUCGUAGCCGACGCCUAUCUCAGUCGGAAGGAUAAUUUCAACGUUAUCCUGUUGGACUGGUCUGAGUUAUCCACGUUCCCUUGGUACAUUCCUGCCGUUCGAAACGUCAAAAUGGUGGCGGUGAAGUUGAGAAAAUUUCUGGAGGUUUUCGCCGACAGCGGGGAGAUUCCGAUUCGGAACCUACAUAUUGUGGGGUUCAGUUUGGGGUGCCAUAUUGCGGGGUUUGCGGGGAAGCAGCUGAAGAAUGGUCUGAGGAUACCGAGGAUUACGGCUCUGGAUCCGGCGUUUCCGGAGUUUUCACUGAGAGAUUCUUCGAGGCGCAUAUCACGCACCGACGCUGAUUACAUCGACGUUAUCCACACCGACGCCGGCGUCUUGGGCCUACCCAUCCCAGUGGGUCAUGCCGAUUUCUACCCAAACGGAGGCCGAGCCCUGCAGCCCGGAUGUCAGCCCAGUUACUUGGUCCAGCUUCGACUAGUAGAUCAAAUUUUUGGCUGCAGUCACGUGAGGGCCUGGAAACUGUACGCUGAAUCUGUGGUGAACCCGGACGCGUUUCCGGCAACACGAUGCCAGACUUGGCGAGGACCCAACAAGAAGUGCAAUUUUACGAAAGACAGUGUGAUGGGCUACGCCAAUAACAAUCGAACCCGAGGACAGUUUUAUCUGCUGACGAACUUCAAGGGGCCUUUUUCCAAGACUGCGUUUCAACAAAUGACUGAUUAGGGUUAAGAUUACUUAAGUAAUUUAUUA